AUGAGUUUUUCGGUGAUGAAGUACGGGGAGGAUGGACUGCCCAUUUGCGAUGCGUUCGUGGUCGGGAUAGCUGGCGGAUCGGCAAGUGGGAAGACUCAUGUUGCUCGGCAAAUCGUUCGUUCAUUGGGCUCAGUACCUACUGUCGUUAUCCUAUCCCAGGACAGCUUUUACAAGCGACAUACCCCAGAAGAGGUUGCGCUGGCGCAUGCGAAUCGAAUCGACUUUGACCACCCGGAUGCCAUUGACAUGCCAAUGUUUGCUGCUUGUCUCGCGGAAUUGAAGGCUUGCCGGCAGACCAAUAUUCCCGUUUACUCGUUUGCCGAACACCAGCGGCUAGAUGAGGUCAAGUAUUUGUAUGGUGCGGCUAUCAUAAUAACGGAAGGUAUAAUGGCUCUACAUGAUCCGGAAUUACGAUCUUUAUAUGAUCUUAAGGUGUUUGUGCAAUGUGACUCGGAUUUGAUGCUCGCUCGGAGAAUACAACGGGACGUCAAGGAACGCGGAAGAAACGUCGAGGGGGUUCUCGAGCAAUAUCUUCGUUAUGUCAAGCCUGCAUUCGAUCAUUUCGUUUUGCCAACCGCUCGCCAUGCAGACAUCGUUGUUCCAGGGUCGAAUAACUCUGUUGCCAUUGACUUGAUAUCGACACACAUUCGACCUUCUCAAUCAAUUGAUUCUUGCUUGAGUACGUCGGACGGUAGCCCGGUGUCCAAGAACCUUAUAGUACUGCCGCAAACACCACAAUUGAAGGGCAUGUAUACCGUUCUUCGCGAUGGGGCAUCGAACCGCCAGGAUUUUAUAUUCUUCGUAGACCGAUUGGCAACGUUCUUGAUCGAGAAGGCGAUGGAACAUCUUCCUUACAGGCCUAAGACGGUCACGACCCCAACAGGAGUAGAUUGCGCCGGCAAGGAACUUGAUGUCAAGAACAUCUGCGGUGUUUCAAUCAUACGCUCGUACGUCUCAAUGACCCAGCCAACUUUUAAACUAACCCGUUCGUCCAGAGGCGGACCUCUAACAAGGGGACUACAGCGCGUUCUCAGUGACGUUGCAAUUGGCUCUCUUCUGGUGCAAUCCGAUUCCAAAACUGGAGAGCCACUACUCCUACAUGUGAUGCUCCCAAAGUGCUUGCGAGAGCGACAUCUAGCCGUCGAUACUUGGGUUUUUUUGCUAGAUGCUCAAGUCAGCACUGCUGCCUCGGCCUUCAUGGCGAUUCGCACACUAUUAGAUCAUGGAGUCCAGCAAGAUCACAUUAUCUUCGUAACAUUUCUAAUUGCCCGCACUGGUGGUCUCACUGUUCUUCAGCGGGCCUUCCCGAAGGUCAAGAUUGUUACUGGUGCGGUGGAUGAAGUUCUCCGUGAGGCUUGGCUUGAAAGUUACAAUGAAAAGGGCGAGGGCCAGAGCGAAGGCGACGGGAAGAAAGUCUGGGUUGUAGAGCCCGGGAUGGGCCACAUCGGCGACAGAUACUACCUCUGAAUUUGGAAUGCCUGCCCUACUAAGUGUGUAGCGGAUCUUGAAUGGGGUCUAGUUGGGAUGUACAUGCUCUAGAACCUGCUACCACUAAUUCACCACUAAUUGUCAGAGUGCAUCAUCAUAAUCAUUGUGAUGUUUGACUCUCCGGCGGCCUGGCUUGCAAAUAUUGAACUCUGUCAAAUCGGAAUCCUCUUCGCCAACACCGGCUGCAUGG